AUGGACUUCGCCUCGCUAAUGAAGUCGCAGAUUGCGUCUUCAAGCAGCAAAUCGGAUUCCAGUGAGAAGAAAUACCUCAAACGCUCAGAAGUGGAAGCACGGCGGCAAGCAGAAUACCAGCGCGAGCAGGAGCGUGCUGAGCAGGAGCGUCUUGAACGAGUAGAGAAGAAGAGAAAGCGCGAAGAAGAUGAAGCUGAACGAAAUCGCGCUCGCGAAGAGAAGAAGCGAAGAUUAGCAGAGGAGAGCAAGCGCAUACAGCAGGAGGAGGCAGAGGCAGAGGAGAGAGCGCGGCGGAAGAGACUGGGCUUGCCAGAGCUUCCCAAGGCAGACAUCCAAGAGCCAAAUCUACUGAAGGACGGGGAGGAAGACAUCUCGGAAGAAGAUCUGCUGGUCAAACUGCAGGAGCUGGGUGAGCCGCGAUUCCUCUUCGGUGAGGAGCACGUCCAGCGACUGCGUCGGUAUCGCAAGCUUAUGGAGAAAGCACUUGCGCCGAAGCUCACAAGUGGACCUAUACCGACGACUUUGGAGCUUGUGGAAGAAAAGGACAUGAAAGUGCCCGAGACAGUACCGAAAGACCCAGAACAGUACAAGUUCCUGCUUCGUCAGUUGGGAAGCUAUUUUGAUAUGGUCCUCUCGGAAUGGCAAUCUGCUCUUGCUCGUCGUUCGAAAGAAGUCAAGGAGUCUAGUACUGGAAAGCAAGCCUUGAACUCCUUUAUCGCAGCUCGAGACAAUUUGCGGCCGCUGUUCAAAAAGCUUGAGACCAACACUAUCGAGCCGAAACUUCUCUCUGCUGUCCUCGAAAUUGCAAAUCUGGCCCAGCUCAAACGAUACGUGCAUGCAAAUGAUGCAUAUUUGCGGCUCUCAAUCGGCAAAGCUGCUUGGCCUAUUGGUGUGACCAUGGUUGGUAUUCACGAGAGGAGUGCGCGAGAGAAGUUGCAUGAGACGGAGAACCAGGCACACAUUCUAACAGACGAGACCACAAGAAAGAUGCUUCAAGGUAUCAAGAGGUGUCUGAGUUUUGCGCAGACCCGCUGGCCUCCCGACGACAUCGGGCAGCUGAUGGGUUAG